AUAUAUAGAUAGAUUAUUGACAAACACAAUUCCUUCAAUUCCACUCCAACCUUUGCUCAACCAAAUUUAUAUUUGUACUCCAUCAAAUGUAUCCUUCCACCUCCUCCUACUCCUUAGAUAUUAUCAUAAAGUCAGCUGAAGCACUGACUAUAGGAAAUCAUAAACCCGUUGGAAAAAAUGUUUUUGUAACAGUUUCUACGGAAAAUCAAGGUUAUUCAAACCAAUUACAAACGAGACUGUGUAGUGAGGGUUUGAAACCUGAAUGGAAUGAGAAGUUGAUAAUGGACAUGCCUACAAACACGAAGUUCAUUCUCUUAGAGGUUCGUUAUAAAAAGAGGUCAAGCGUUAAGUUGAUUGGUAUUGCUAAGGUUCCGACUUCAGAUUUUACUGGAGAUAAAAUGCCUCUAAACUACCAAUAUUGUCUAUGUUAUAGAUUAAGAGAUCGUAAUGGCGAACCAAAUGGGAUAAUAAAUUUUAGCGUGACUGUAAAGGGGGAUUUAGAUAGUUAUCAACGUAAUGAAAGAAAUCAAAUAUAUCGAGAAACAACUGAAAUACAAGGGUUUAAUUAUAGACAGAAUUAUAAUAGGCCAAAGCCAUGGCUCAGAACAUCGUUGUUAGGUGACAGGAGAAAAUCUACUUCUACUGUUGUUGGAGUUCCUGCAGCGUGGUACAAUUCAUGCCAUGCAUGAUUCAAAUUGCAAACAUACUUCAUGUUAUUUGAUUAUAGAUUAUUUCAGACAUUUUUACAACUAUCUUAUAAUAUUUGUAUUAAAACUAUACAUUUCAGCUA